AUGACUGAGGGUGGCAGCAAGAGUGAAAGUGGCGGUAAGAAGGAGAGGAAAACUGUUGACAUCAAGAAGUUCACCGUCGACCUUCUCACCGGUGGUACAGCAGCCGCUAUAUCGAAAACUGCCGUCGCUCCUAUCGAAAGAGUGAAGCUGUUACUACAGGUUUGUUUGGAACUGAUCAUCUAG